CGGUGUCUCUAGCGAUACAGGACAAAAAAAAAGCUUCUGUUCUUGCUACCAUGGUUGCUAUGAGAGGAGCCUCGCCGGUUGUUGUUCUGGUCUUGGUUGCUUCCGUUCUUGCUCCAGGCGCCAUGUCAGCGAAGUUCGUGUUCACCAACAAUUGCCAUGAAGUGCUCUACCCCGGCGUGCUGACGCCGGCGACCGCGCAGGCGUUCCCGACCACCGGGUUCGAGCUGCAGCCGGGCGCGUCCGCCGCGUACGACGGGGUCCCGGACAACUGGUCGGGCAACAUCUGGGCCCGGCGGCUCUGCUCCACGGACGCCUCGGGCCGCUUCUCGUGCGAGUCCGGCGACUGCGGCACGGGCCGCGUGGAGUGCGACGGCAGGGGCAACGGCCCGCCGUCGACGCUGUCCGAGUUCACGCUACGCGGCGGCAGCGCCCGCGACACGGACUUCUACGACAUCAGCAACGUGGACGGGUUCAACGUGCCCGUGCAGGUGGCGCCGUCGGGCGCCGGGUGCUCGGCGGUGGCGUGCGCGGCCGACAUCGACGCGUCGUGCCCCGCGGAGCUGGCGGUGAAGGGCGCCGGCGGCGCGGUGGUGGGGUGCAAGAGCGGGUGCCUGGCGUUCGGCCGGGACGACCUGUGCUGCCGCGGGGCGUACGGGACGCCGGACAAGUGCCCGCCGAGCCAGUACUCCAAGUUCUUCAAGGACAAGUGCCCGCAGGCGUACAGCUACGCCUACGACGACAAGAGCAGCACCUUCACCUGCACCUCUGGCGCCAGCUACCAAAUCACCUUCUGCCCUUGACCUCCUAGCAAUUUGAUCAUUUACUGAUAGAUUUGGAUUAAUCGAUUAGCUGUCAAUUUGGAACUCUUUAUUGAAUAACAGGGGUUAUUAUGCUUUGCCUAUCUAGUUCGCUUCGGAAUUAUCUGAACGGCAGAACUUUUCUUCUUUUUGUUGUUGUUAAUUUUAAGGUUCCUUAUGCUAGUAAACUGCAGUGAAAACAAAAUUUAAAUCUAAUGAUCGAUGUUUAUAGUCGUUU